UGUUUUUAUCAACAGCUUCACUCCCAGCCAUUCCAGUCAGAUCAAGUUGAGAAAUCCAGCAGCGCUUAUCUUCUGUUUUACAGAAAAAAGAAAGCCAUUAAGUACCAUGGCUUGGAAAACCAAGGGUCAACAUGUUACCUGAACAGUGUGCUGCAGGUGCUUUUUAUGACCAAAGACUUCAGAGAAGCUGUGGAAAGGCUCCCCAGUGAAAAUACUAAGCAUAUUGAUCUUCAACUUCAAUCCCUGUUUGGUGACUUAAAAAGUCGUACAGCGAAAACCAAUGACAUCACCAAGAAGCUGGGCAUCAAAGACGUGAGUAGACAGCAGGAUGCUGCUGAGUACUAUGAGAAGAUCUUGCGUCUGACCAGUGAUGACGCAUCAAAGAUAUUCCACGGACAGCUGACACACAUGACCAGAUGUUCAUCCUGUGGUACCAAGACUGGCGCUGAUAGGGCUUUUUGGCAUCUCCCUCUUGUAUUGGAGGAAUCCUACCUUCAGAUCUUUUGUGUGGAGAAAGGCAUUGAGGAGUUUUUCAGAGCUUCACAUUCAAACGGAGAAAACCAGAUGUACUGCGACGGGUGUAGAGCCAAGUCUGAUGCCACUACUAAAUGUGUAAUAAAGCAUCAUCCGGAGGUUUUGACACUGCUGCUGAAGAGGUUUGAGUUUGACCACUAUUCCAAUAGCUAUGUAAAGGUCAACUGCACUGUGGACGUUCCCUUCACCCUACAGAUACCAGAGAAUCAGCCCUAUGAACUGUAUGCGAUGGUGGAACAUUCUGGAGAUCUCAGAAGUGGACAUUACAUUGCCACAAUCAAAUCUGAGGAUGAUGGGAGAUGGUACAGCUUCAAUGAUAGAUGGGUCACAGAGCUUGACUCCCAGCCAUUCCAGUCGGAUAAAGUUGAGAAAUCCAGCAGCGCUUAUCUUCUGUUUUACAGAAAAGAGAAAGUGCCUGCUGCAGGUACUCAGGACCAGAGUCCAGCUAAGAGGAGAGAGAGAGAGGAGGCCGAGGGGACAGCCGAAGAGGGCAAAGACGCUGCAGCCACUGCUUUCAUCGACAGAGAUGAAGGAAGAGGGAUUAAAGACAAAGCCAGAGUUACGUCUAGAAAACCAGGCCUAUCACCUGACAUCUCUAAUGUAGAGUCUAAGGAGGGUCAACAGAAAAUGUGGCAAGCUUAUGGCGCUGAUGUGGAGCAACAGGGAGAUGGGUUGAGGACAGAAACAGAUGUUGAGGUAGAUAAGAAAGGAAAAACUGAUCCAUUCCCUCUGAUAGAGGAUAGAAGAGUUGAUGGUCGAAAACAGAACAUGUCAGAAGACCGUCAGGGGAUUGAAGCUAGAAGGAGAAGGGAGGAUAGGAGGGAUAUAGAGGGAGCCAAGGAACAAAAGAGAGGAGAUGACAAACAUGUACAAAGGACAGAAACAUCUAUGACAGAGGAUCAGGACAGGAGAGGGUUGGAUGAUGUUAGACAGCAGAAAACAAGUGUUCCACAUGUAACACCUGAAGAUGUUGAUGAGGAAAGGCCAGCCAAAGAGCAGGAACGUAAACCUUUUCCAAACAGAGGGGACUCUUCUCGUAAACAGUUCAUUGUGAAAACAAUUGAGGAAGAAACUAUAAAAACCUGCUCUGGCACACAAAGAAGUAUUGAGACGAAGAUCAUUGUAAUAAAGACCAGGGAGAAACCCGCACAACAGGAGCGCUUGUCAUAUAAUUUUUCCGAUAUGAAGCUGAGUGAGCAACAGAAACCAGGGACCAAGAGACACAUAGUGAAUGUGCCAACCAGUGCAAUCGAUUCAAAUGCAGAAAGAAAGCCAAAAGUCUCUGACACACAAGAGCAGGCUGCUGAAAAUCAACAUGCAAUGAAAGAAAUAGGUGAGGAAGAGAUUAUUAGUAGAGGCCAUCAUGCCCUAAAGGAGAAAAACGGAAAAGGAAAAAAAAAGAAAACAAUUUCGUGUAUUUGGAAACCGUGCAAACAUGCAAACCAGACUUCAGAGUCGGAUUGAGACUAAAUGCUUUGUUCAUUGUUCAGUGUGAUUAAGUGCAACAGAUUAUAACAGAAAGAAGCAGAAGGGAAAUGAAUAGAAAUGUAAAGGCACUAUUUCACAGUGUAUUCGAAUCUCACUGAGACUCAAAGAUCAUACAAUGUUUUUCUUUUGCUACAAUUCUCUGUUCUAUAGGUUUUGUUUUGAACGUGUGAAUCUUCUUCAGAGAUUUAUAAAUAGAUGGCACUAAGUGUAAAAUCUAAAGAAAAAAAAUGUUCUCAUUAAUUUCUCAUAAAUAUAAAUCCAUGUAUCUUUAGCAUUUUAUUUGUGUUUGUUUUCCUAUUUUACUAAGUACUCUACUAUCUUAAAUCAAUAACGUGUUUUGCCGACUACAGUUAUAAACUAUUGCUGCAAUGCCCUCUGACAAAUGUCUUAGAUGCUUUUUUCAACCAAACUAUUGUAGUCCUUUGUGACAUUUGUAGGAAUUGCUGAUGAUUUUAACAAAUAAAACAUAAAUGUGAAAGACAUCA